AUGCUCUUCGAAGCCCUCAGCGUCCUUGUCAUCGGCGAACACCGCACCAUGCCAGACCCCCCACAGACCUUCACGUCCCUGCCCAUCCUGCCACUCAGCGCCGCUCUGAACCCAGCCACCAAACCGCAGUUCCUGCGUGACCUACGCGAUGCCUUGUUGAACGUGGGGUUUUUGUAUUUGAGCGAAACGGGGCUGCCGGAGGGGUUAGUGCAGGAUGUGAUUAAGGAGUGUGGGCGGUUCUUUGAGGAGUUGCCGAGGGGGGAGAAGGAGAAGAUUGAGAUGAAGAAUGAGAGGAGUUUUUUUGGGGUGGAGUAG